GUCAAGAGCAAGUUCGAUGUCGACCAUGCGGGCGCGCUCGUCCCUCGGGAUAGUUCCGGGUCGUGGCGGUCGACGCUCAAAGAAGCAUGGGAUCGACGAGAUGCUUGUCGCGUUGUCGUAUGGAUAGAAGGUGCUCAAGUGAAACCUUACAGCGGGGCACAUUCGUUUCACGAAACCGCCCGUGCCGCGCCUUGGAGGUUGGCGCGUCACAGCAAUGUUCACAACAUAUCGCCGCACAAGCACCAUCGUCAAGCAAAUGGCGGACUUCAUCCAAGAGCAGACGGGCGAAGUCGAAAACGACAGUCUGUGGUGGGAAACUCGCGUCAAGGUGGUGCAGGAGUGGCUGAAGGCCAAUCCACUGCGCAUCGGCGUCCCAGAUGAUGGCACGAUCGAGACAAUCACCCAGCAGAUCGCCCGAGGUGACAAGCACGCGCAAAUUCGCGUCAAAGCAUGGAACCACAUCGUCGCGGAGCUCCAUGGAAUCCCUGGCGUAUGCACAAAAUUCACAGGCGCGGUGGCGCCGACAUUGGAUCGUGUUGAAUCGGACCAAUGUCGAGACGAAAACCUUCCAAGCAACCAAGACGACCACGUGGCUCCUCCACACGACGUCGAGGGAGAUGAGUCGUCGUCUGCAGGCGUUAGUCAAUGCCCUCCCAGUCCAUUGCGAGGGAAACUUCGAGCCCACCAAACCAAACCGUCCGGCGCUGUAGUGGAAUGCGCCCCGCAACAGCGCGUGGUCAACCAGCAAGAAGAGCCUGCGGUAAAGCCGCCGCCACUGCUGGAGAAAAAGUCGCUGUCCCAGUUGUCCAUGAUGGAUCGGCAGCAAGAAUGGCUUCGCAAGAAGGCGGAGAAGGCGGCUGCGGAGAAGCAACGGCAGCAAGACGAGGCUGACAAAGAGCUCACGUUCCAACCAGCGCUCAAAAAGCCCACCGCCCCAAGACCCACUUUGCUAGCAACGCAACAACAGACUCCGACACCAGCAGACACCACGAAGGCACGGGCGAAAUCAGCGGAGAGGCAUCGCAAGCCGCCAGCAGGUCAAAAACCUCCACUCAAACCCACGUCGUCGCUGCUGGAUUCGGUCAAGGCCGAGUUGUCCGCAUCAGCCGCGACGACAAAUGCCGCAGUUAAACCUGACGUUGUGUCGCCCCCGCCGCCGUCGACCGUGCCAGCUACCGUAACAACAGACACCGCCGUCGCGAUGGUGGCAAGAGCUCUCGAGAACGUCGGGAACGUGCGUCCCGCAUCAGCACCAGUCGAAGGACCAGUCGAGCGGCCCUUUCAAUUCGACUCGGGGUCCAACGAUUCCAAAGGACGACACCAGCUGCAAGACCCAUCGCUGUUCGACCUGACCACGAUCUAUCGGAAGAAGGACAAGUUUGCGCGGCGCGACGGUGUGUCGUUGCAAAUGGGUCGGCGAGACGAUACCCGCGACGAACAGAUCAUUGCCGUCCUUUUCGAUCGCGAACACUUUGCGACCGAGGCAGAAGCUGGCGAGUGGUUUGAUGAACACAAGCAGCGCCUGAAGUCGUACAUGACGUGACUCCGGCGGCACGUCGAUGCGGUCGGCGAAACCUUGACGUUCAACGACUCGACGAGCCAACUCUUGGGAAUAGAAACGGGUGCUUUGCCUCGUGAUCAGGGGGCUCGGCCACGUCCCCGACGGCCCUUGAAGGGGAAGUGCCGUCGUGUCGCACAUGAGAAAAGGAGCGCGCAGCCACGCACUGGCCGCUCCACCACCCCCUUUCAAGGGAUCACGCUACGUUUUAUGCGUGGAAUCGCUUGUACAAGGUAGGCCGUGAAGGACAUGCAUGAAACACGACGGCAGGAGCGUAGGCACGCUCGUCGGGAAUGCAUGGCUGCGGUGCAUGUGGGUGGUCCAUCAUAUGGCAUCGCACGUUUCGAGGAUUCUUGACGCGCCCUUGGCGCAGUCGUUCCCUCGUGCCUGGGAAUGAUUCGGACGUCACGAAAGGGCCAAGGGUGGUCUUCGGAAGGCGCCCCGCGGUGCCUGUACUCAGCGCGUAGAAUUCUGGCGAGAGCUCCACGUCGUCCGACCCAGAACUGGACAUUACACCGCCGCCCGUUCGCUGCGCGGUAACGCGAAGUGCAUACAUUCGUAGACAAUACAAAACGGUAGAUAAAAUUGCCCCCGC